AUGUCAUCUAAACGUAAGUCGCCACCGUCGAAACUGCAAGAAGGCGUCGACGUGAAAAAAUCCGAAGCCGGCCCCGCCAACCUGGACUUCUCGGACCACCAGGAUUCAGACGAGAACGAACACCAGACCUUCUACAAGUUCUCCCCCAGUUCCUCCCCUCACACUUCCAUCAGCGAAGAAGACACCGCAACUUACGAGGACGAGAACCCUAGCAAGAAGCAAAGAUUCGACCAAACAUUAGACAUGACAAAUAACCUUCUAGUCCCAUCGUCGUUCCUCAGUCUGCACCAAGUCAACGAUCUUCAAGCGAGAAGACGCGGCUCCUCAGAAUGCAGUAGCCCCGGCGCUGAAGCGAAAGUUUUAGGGCUAUGCAAUAAUAACAAUUCAUUGCUCAACCACAACAGUGCACUGUCGCUCGCGCCUCCUCACAAGCGGUCGAUGGAUGACGUCUUGAAGAGGUUAACGUCUAAAAUGAAUAAUAGUACGAUUAAGGAAGAGAAGAGGCCUACGCCGUCAACCACGCCUGUUAAGCAAAACAACGAUCGACGCGGUGUGCUCGACGCGGCAGCCCUGCAAGCUAUGGCUGGAGAGAGCGUGCUAGAAAAGGAACGGCAGCUCUCUGAGAUGAUCCUGCAGCUCCAAAUGGUGCGAGAACAGUUGCUGGCGCAGCAAGAGCAUUCCAAGAACAUCGGAAACGUAUCAGCUGAGCUGGAAUUGCAGCGGCUGCAGCAGGAACACCUCAGGCGCCAGGAGAUGGUGCGCCGCGGUCACUCGCUAUACCCUGGCCCUCCGCUUGGCUUACUGCCCUUGUUGGAACAGAUGCGCCCGCAACCACCAUCGUCUAACGUGGUAUCAUCCCCCUGGCCGCCCAGCCAGCUAGCCCAGAUGACCACACGGUCGCCACCGCCCCAGGACCCCGACGCACCCCUGAACCUCAGCAAGCAGAGGUCCCCAUCACCAGCUCCCAUGAUGCUACCCCGGUUCGUGCCAUACCCGCCUAUGGAUGAGAGCUCUCCGUAUAUGAAGAAGGACGACGAUUAUGGCUCAGCUUGUAACACGUCGUCUUGGGGUCAAAGUGCACCAGAGGAAGCGGAGAAGGCGAAACUGAUCCGCCAACCGAAACGCGACGAGGCGGGAAAACCACACAUCAAGCGGCCAAUGAACGCGUUCAUGGUUUGGGCGAAGGACGAACGCCGCAAAAUUCUGAAGGCCUGUCCAGACAUGCAUAACUCGAACAUAUCCAAGAUACUCGGCGCGAGGUGGAAAGCGAUGUCCAAUGCGGAAAAACAACCGUAUUAUGAAGAACAGUCCAGAUUGUCCAAGCUACACAUGGAGAAGCACCCUGACUAUAGGUAUCGGCCGAGACCAAAGCGGACUUGCAUCGUCGACGGUAAGAAGAUGAGAAUAUCAGAGUACAAGAACUUGAUGCGCACGCGCAGACAGGAGAUGAGGCAGCUCUGGUGCCGCGAUGGCGGCAGUGAACUCGGUUUCUUGCCGUCUCUAUCAUCGCCGGGGCCAUCGAACUCCUCCCCCCCUCCCAAUGGGGGGAACUACAUGAACCCCACGUUUUCGCCGCCACUGUCGCCGAGAGAGGAAGAUUGAGGAACGGCGCGCGGCUGGCCCUACCCGCACGCCGCGCCCCUCUCCAUGCCUCCUCCCCACCCCUGGUAAUCGUGUUCUACAACCUUCUAGAAGUGUCCCCCCACACUCGGACUGUGUGACUUUGACGCAACUCGGAAAACAAUAUGGACGUUUCCCGCUCUUUUUAUCAACAUGACGCUUUUAUGGGUGCAAAGUUUUAAGCCAGUGCUGCAAUCGGAUCUCUUGAUAUACGAAUAUGAGAUUAUUCCAUUAGUGAGUUAAGCGCGAACAUUGACUGUGUGAAGGACGUUAUAAAAUUGGUGAAUACGGCAUGCUGUUUUGCAUCAGCGAAGUUUUUGUGCCAAACCUAACCAACAAUUAAUUAGACAAAUGUAUAUAAUAAGUGAAAAUUCUCUUCUAGACUCAUUGUAUUAUGAAGGUUCUCUGUAAAUAAAUCGCUUUGUAGAUAUUACACAAGGUAAUUUUUGUUUUAAAGUAGAAUAGGUUAAGUCUAGUUUAGCGUAAAUAUAUUUGUAGCGUCAGUAUGUGUUGCCAUGUGUAAAAAACCCUUAUCUAUCUAAAUGUAGAAGCUUGUAGAUUUAAGAACUUAUUGUAUCAAACCAAAAAUUUGAAGCGGUAUGCUUGAAAAUUUAAGUGUUUUGAACACGAAACUGAUUUUUGAAACCAGUGAGAGCUAACGGAUCAUAAUAAAUCAUAAUACUCAUAGACUUAGCUCUCUGUAACUAACGAACUGUUUGUAGUUUAGAUUGUAUACCGUAAAGUACCUAGCUUUGUCGUAAAAAUUGUAUUCGGAAUAAAAUCGCUUAUUUAAAGAUUAUUAAGAAGUAAAAUUAAAUUCGCAUAAUGAGCAUCUUUUUCUUUGUAACAACUUUACAAUGUUUUAUUUGAUGAUAUUUUUUGUAACUACUCCUGUGUUAAACACAAGCGGUGGUCAAUUGGAACCUGUCAAUUUGAAAAAAAAAAUUGAAAAAAAAAGUUUAAUGUAGUUUACCCACCGACAGUUUGUGGGAACAACAAUUGAACACUACAAAAAAUUUUAAUCGCUUUAUUGAAUCGUGCAAUUUCAUAGUUUUAGUGUUAAGCUAUAAUUGAAAGCAUAAUAUCUACAUAAUAUUUAAUAUACUAUAGUAACAAUGUAUAGACUUCGUAUAGUCAGAAUCGUUGAUUGCCAUUUCAUUAUUUUGUUAUUUAAUUUUUUAAAUGUAAACAUUUGUUUUCUUGAACUGACGGCGAGUACGCGCCAUUUUCUAUGGGUUACAGAUAAAACAUGAUUAAAUAAAUAAUAAUGUAUGGUGUGUACUCUCCUUUUAUUAUAUGCCAGUAAAUUUUUUUGAAAUGUGGUAAGAGAUAGUUUAAGCGUAAGUAAAUUAUUGUGUAUGUGUCUUACUGUUUAUCGAUAACGUAGUGUGUAUCAUUCUUAGUAAAUGUGUAAGAAUUUAGAACAGUGCCGUUAAAUUAUUUAUUUUUAUGUUGAGACCCAUUGUAUUGUAAAUAUGCGAUAUUUUUGAUGUAAACGUUAGUAAUUGUGGUUAUUUAAAUGAUCGAUACUUAAUUCGUAUGCGACUCGCAUGGAUCUCGGUCGAAUCUUUUUAUUUAUUGAAUUAUUUUUAAUUUUUCUUUAAAUUCACAACUUGCCAUAAUAUUUUCUAUAGUCUCCUCUUUCUACUUAAAUGUGUUUAUCUAUGUACUUAGCAAAGUUUUACUUAUGUUGUUAUUUUAUUGUUUUUUUUUCUAUUAUUUUUCCCCGAUUGAGAUUUUGUUAAUUUUCCCAGUGGAAAUAUUCGCGAUCGUAUAGAAGGUAGAAUGUAGGUUCGUAUACCUAGUUGGUAUAUACGAGGACACAUUAUUCAGAAAUUGUGCCAAAACCCAAAAGUUUAAUAAAAAGUAAAUAUAAAAAAAA